AUGGCGUCUUCUUCCUCUUCCACCGGUUAUCACCUACUGCAACAAGGCGACACUCCAGAGACCGCACCAGCAGUUACUGAUCAAGAAAUCAAGAUGGGUAAAGCGCUCGGCACAUUUCGAGCUUGCUACGUUGUAGCCCUGUGCUGCAUUGGCUCGUUCCUUUUCGCCUACGAUACAGGGAUUGUGGGAGGCGUCUUGACGUUUCCCUCGUUCCAAAAAGACUUCGGUUACUCAAAGGCCGACAAGACGCAGGUCAACUCAAACUGUGUCUCGAUUCUCCAGGCUGGUGCCUUCUUUGGCUGCUUCCUCAUCUGGCCAUUGACUGGAUGGUUGGGCCGGAGAUGGGGAUUCAUCAUCGCCUCUGUCGUUUUCUGCAUCGGGUGCAUCUUGCAAGUAGUCAAGUCGCAUUCCAUCGGCCUUUUUUAUGCUGGCCGAGUCAUUUCGGGCCUAGGUACUGGAGCAGCGACAGUGCUGGUGCCAAUGUUCUCCGCAGAGAUGGCGCCAAAAGAGAUCCGAGGCAAGCUUGGCUCGUGUUUUCAGCUUUUCUUUGCAACUGGAGUUUGUGUCAGUUACUGGGUUGACUAUGCGGCUCAGGUGGGCAUAUCCGGGACUUCGUCAAUGCAAUGGCAGGUCCCUGUUGGCCUACAGCUCGUCCCUGGAGGUCUGCUUGGGCUUGGCAUGUUGCUGGUGAAGGAGUCUACUCGAUGGUACGCAAAGAAAGGUCGCAACGAAGAAGCUUAUGCUUCUCUUCUCUGGGUUCGUGGAGGCGUUGAUAGCCCAGAGAUUCGAGCCGAGUUUGCAGAGAUACUCGCCGGGGUGGAAUUGGAAAUACGAGAAUCCGAAGGCCUGACGUGGAAAGAGCUUCUACUGCCGUCGAACAGGUAUCGAAUGUUCAUCGCCAUCACAAUUCAACUGUGCGCACAAUUGACUGGCAACACCUCACUUGCCUACUACGCUCCACAGAUUUUUGCCACGAUCGGAGCCGGCAACAAGACACUCUUCAUCACCGGCUUCUUUGGACUUGUUAAGAUGGCCGGUGUCCUGGUUUUCAUCCUCUUCUUUGUCGAAAGGGUUGGCCGCAAGAUUCCCUUCAUGGUCGGCGCAUUUGCAAUGGGAAGCUUCAUGCUCAUCAUCGCUUUGAUCGUUGACACUCAUCCUCCGAAGCCAUCAGCCGCGGGGAUCACAUCGUCAGGAGCGGCUGGUAUCGCAAUGGUCUAUCUCGAAGCGUUCGCAUACAACAUGUCUUGGGGCCCUCUGCCGUGGCUCUACAUAGGCGAGAUCUUCCCCAACCGAAUCCGAGAGAUUGGUAUUGCGGCAGGUGCAGCAAGUCAGUGGCUCUUCAACUUCGUCAUGAGCCAGAUUACUCCGCACGCCAUCUCCAAUAUUGGCUGGAGGACAUUCCUCAUGUUUGCCAUAUUCAACUAUGCCAUUAUUGUUUACAGCUAUUUCCUGCUCAAGGAGACUACGGGCAAGAGCUUAGAAGAGAUGGAAAUUGUCUUUGGUACCGUGGACAGGCUUCCCACCAAGGACGACGACGAGGUGGAGUCGCAGGCCGCACACGACACCGCCAGGGAAAUUCAUGAAACGACCAAAUGA